AUGUCGGUGCCAUCCCUGCUGGCCAGCACCUCCUCUGUGCUCCCGGAUAAAGUGUGGACAGGCAGAGAGCCGGACAGGCACCCAGAGGGGGAAAAUCCAGGGCGUGGGACCGCCUGGCAGGGAGGGCAGGGCUCCGCACACAGCACCGAGCAGCAGAGCGGGCGGUCGGGGGAGUUGGCCAAGUCCAGCACCAUGGAUGCCAUCCCCACAGCCUGUCCCACCCGAGCCCUCACUGCAUGGAGAGAUGAGAGCUCCAGCCUGGGGCUGGCAGGAGCUUCCUGUCCUACCUCACCUCUUUUCUCCAUAGGUUUACUCGAGUGCUGUGCCAGAUGUCUCAUUGGGGCACCCUUUGCUUCCUUGGUUGCCACUGGCCUGUGCUUCUUUGGGGUAGCGCUGUUUUGUGGCUGUGGGCACGAAGCCCUCACAGGCACUGAGCAGCUCAUCGAGACCUACUUCUCCAAAAACUACCAGGACUAUGAGUUCCUCAUCGAUGUCAUCCACGGUUUUCAGUACUUCAUCUAUGGCACAGCUGCCUUCUUCUUCCUCUAUGGAGCCCUGCUGUUGGCCGAAGGCUUCUACACCACCGGUGCCGUCCGGCAAAUCUUUGGGGACUACAGGACCACCAUCUGCGGCAAGGGCCUCAGCGCAACGUUUGUGGGCAUUACCUACGUCCUGACCAUCAUCUGGCUCCUGGUGUUCGCCUGCUCUGCGGUGCCUGUCUACAUCUAUUUUAACACUUGGACCACCUGCCAGUCCAUUGGCAACCCCACCAAGACCUCGGCCAGCAUUGGCACCCUGUGUGCAGAUGCCAGGAUGUACGGCGUCCUGCCCUGGAAUGCUUUCCCUGGCAAGGUGUGUGGCUCCAACCUGCUCUCCAUCUGUAAGACCAGCGAGUUCCAGAUGACGUUCCACCUCUUCAUCGCAGCCUUUGUGGGGGCAGCUGCCACGCUGGUCUCACUGCUCACCUUCAUCAUCGCCGCCACCUACAACUUCGCAGUCCUCAAGCUGAUGGGCCGAGGCACCAAGUUCUAG